AUGACACCGUGCAGGCACCUCGGGCACAACCCGCAGCUACGCACCCUCGCCAACGUCAGCCUCCACGCGUCGCACCUUGUCGCCUUCUCGUGCGACGGCUGCAACCUCUCGUCUGUCAUGCUUGACGCUUCCUCGUACCAAGCGCUCAACGCACUCUCGCCGUCCACCGACGCCAAAGGCUUUGCCGUUGACAACAGCACGGCGAUUGAGGCGAGCGUCGCCGAGUGCGACCGCCACCACGCAGCGCGCAAGCCGCUGUGGGCAGCGCACGGCCACAAGUUCUUCGUGUGCGUCCUUCCCCAGAUCGACGUGCAGUACACCAACCUCUGGUCGACGAUCGGUGUCGCCGUCACAAGCUCGGCGUUUCUGGCCCUCGUCGUCGUCGGCGGCUGCCUCUUGCGCCGCGACCGAAGAGCACGGCAGGCCAAGCAGCUCGAAGUCCUCAACGACCUCACGCUCGCAGACUUGGCGAUGGUGCAGCUCGACGAGACAGCGUUAUUGCUCGAGGCGCGCGUCGCCGGACGCGUGUGGCGGGGUCGCUACAAGGGCAGCGUCGUCGCCAUCAAGAAGCUGCAUGUGCCAACGCCCGCCGAGACGCAGCGCUUCGUCCACGCGAUCCACGUCUUGACCACACUGGACGGCCCGUCGAUCGUGCCGUUUCUUGGCGCCGCGUGGACAAGCCCGACCGACCUCAAGUGCGUGCUCGAGUUCAUGCCUCAUGGCGAUCUGCGCAGCUACCUCGCGACAACGCCCGAGGCAGCCGUGCCGUGGAGCCGCAAGGCGCAGUUCCUACGAGACAUUUUGAACGGGCUCGUCUACCUCCACGACGCCGUCCCGAUGCUCCACGGCUGCCUCGAUGCGCGCCACGUCUUACUCGACGCCGACUGCCGCGCGUAUCUCUACGGCAUGACGGCCACCGCGCUCGGGACUGACAGCAGUGCUGCGAACCGAUGGGUGGCGCCCGAGGUGCGUCAUGGCGAACCACUCUCAACCGCCGCCGACAUCUAUGCGCUGGGGCUCCUGGUGGCCGAGCUCAGCACACACACCGUGCCCGUGCAGCAGAUUGAAGGAAACGAGAACGGUGAAGACGGCAGCAGCGAGCUUCCCGUGUUUGCGUCGUCGUGUCCGGCGUGGGUCAGGGACUUGGCUCUCUCGUGCUUGGCGACAGACCCGGUGCACCGCCCGACAGCGCUGGACCUUGUCUCGACGCUGCAGAGCCAACUGAGCGACUGCGCGAUGUAG